GCUCUUUUUAAUGUCAAGACUCAGCUGUAAUGGGGGAAAUCUUAUAAAUCUUGUAGAGCGGGUAUUUUCAGUUUGGUUUCAACUUUGGUAUGGUUUGGGUCAGAUUGGAGCCCUGCGACUAAAAUAAACAUAAAACCAGUGCCAGUUUGGUUGUUUUUGGCUUACAAAACUUGCAAUGUCGUACGAGUCGGUAAUUUUACGGCACGCAGCGUCCUUCCACUGGAACCGCCAGGAUGGCCAGUUGACCGAACUGCUUCCAGGCUCCUCCGAGUACAUGACGAUCCAUUCUCAAGUGCACCAAGCUUUGGUCGGGAGCGGUAGAACCAUUAGCCGCAUUGUGAGGGUAAAAAACUUGAUUGAUUUUGGCCAGUUUUUGGUUCGGGAGCAGUUUCUGGUUUGCCAAAACGGGAACACCAAGUAUUUCAGGGUGAGACGAUUCAUCUCUCUAAAUGCUGCGAAUCUCCAAGAGGCUCUGAAAUAUAAUUUGGACCCCCGACGGUGCAAUCUUUCAAACUUGCAGUUUGAAAGUCAAGUUUUGGGCUCAGUUUCCGGGUGGCCACAUGAGGAUCGUAUCGUGCUGGUAGUUCAAGUGCUUACCUGCAAUCCCUUGCAGGGCACAAUUUAUCCAGACAAGUCCCUUGACUAUUUUAUUGAGUAUGUGGUAAAUUUACAUUGAGUUUAAACGGGCUUGUGUUUACUGCGUUUAGGUUUUAGGAUAGUUUUAAGAAUGACUGUUUUUUGAUUAAUCGCAAUAGAUUGAUGGAACUCGG